UAUAGGCCCUUCACAAUCUAUCCAUACAACAUAGCACAGAAACCAAAUUCCAUAUACAAACUUGUAAGAAAUAUUUUAUUUUUUAAGCAAUAAUAAAAAUUGCAUUAAUGUACCAAGUGGUCCAGAAGUUGCUGGAUAGAGGAAUUCAUAUUCUGCAUCUUAUUUUGGAAUUUUACAUUACCUUUAGACCGAUUAGCUUAAAGUAAUCAGAGGUAAGUAGAAAAUAUAAACCACUAUAUAAGCAACACAUACAAAGUACUGGAGGAACUCAGCAAGCCAGGCAAUAUCUAUAGAUAAAACUACAGUCGACAUUUCAGGUCCAGACCCUUUGGCAGAACUGGAGAAAAAAGAUGAGGAGUAGAGUUGAAAGGUGAGGUGAGGGGAGGAGAGAGAGAGAGAAACACAAGGUGAUGGGUGAAACUGGGAGAGGGAGGGAUAAAGUAAAAAAAUGGGAAUUUGGUUGGUGAAAGAAAUACAGGGAGAGUCUGAUAGGAGAGGAUAGAAGGCCAUGAAAUAAAAGGGUGGGGAAGGAGCAUCAGAGGGAGGUGAUAGGCAGGCAAGGAGAUAAGAUGAGAGAGGGAAAAGGGGAUUGGGAAUAGUGAACGGGGCGGGGCAUUACCAGAAGUUCAAGAAAUUAAUGUUCAUGUCAUCAAUUUGGAGACUACCCAGGCAGAAUACAAGGUUUUGUUCCUCCAACCUGAGUGUGGCCUCAUUGCAACAGGAGAAGAGGCCAUGGAUUGACAUAUCAGAAUGGGAAUGGGAAGUGGAAUUAACAUGGGUGGCCACCGGGAGGUCCACUUCUGACAGAUGGAGUGUAGGUACUCAGCAAAGUGGUCCCCAUCUAUGUCAGCUCUCACCGAUAUACAGGAGGCCACACCAGUAACAUCUCCCAGUGGCCAACUUCUCUCGCCCUGUAUUUCUGUCACCAAUCAACUUCCUAGCUCUUUUACUUCAUCCCUCCCCCUCUUGGAUUCACCUAUCACCUUGUGCAUCUCUCUCCCCUCCUCCAUCUUUUAAAUCUACUUGUAACUGCCUCAGAGACAUGUUUCAUUGAGUUAUUUUACAUGUUUUUGUCAUAAAUUCAUGAUUUUUUAAAUCUUAAAAUAAUGUUUGAUUAAAACUUUUGUGCUUUUUAUGUUGUUGUUGUUUGUCCUUCUGAGUCGAAGACGGCCACAACUUCUGUCAGGUGGAGGGUUUGACACUGUGGGUCUGGAGGUGACUGGUGAGGCCAAUCUGGGCCCUGAAAGCUCGCCCACACGUGGGACACAUGAGGUUUUCACGAUGUCUGCUGAAGAAAGAGAGAGAGUGAGAGAGAUAAAAUCUUCAAGGACAUCUGUAUGAUACGUGGCUAUUAUUCCAUUGGACCAGUGUAAUUACAGUGAAAACGUGCAGCCAACAUGGCUGAGAGUUCAAAGUAAGGAGCGCUGCGUGUCAGGGAAGAAGAGAAAAGGAAGCACAAUCGCUGGGGCAGUGUGUGGCUGAGAAGUUGGAGAAAAGGCUUGCUGAUUCACGGGAGAAAACCGGAGUGUUAUCUCCUGACACCUCGGGUUGAGAGUACCAUGACCUCAACAGGAGAAAGCAACUUUUACCAGCGUAGGCUACAGCUUUGCAUGCUCCAGAAUACAGUGUCUGUUUCAUUCCCUUGCUAUCUUCAGGGAAAGUGUGGCUCUGCAGACAGCGUCAGGAGAGUUGAAUCCGGGAAAUCUUCAGGAGGAAAAAAAAGUUAACCCCAAAAAUACCAGAGCUUAAGCAACACAAGGCUUCUCAGAGGGAGAGUAAAUUCAUCAAGCUGUAUGAAAGAACAGGUUAGAGCUACACGUACCAAGCUUAAGGAUGAGUGCUCUGACCAAGACUUAGAUCUUAUGAAGGGCUGGAGACACAAAUAAGAGAUGUGUGUGAAAAUAUACCAUCUCAAUUGGCACCUUCUACUAAGAUUAGAAGAAAGAUGGAUUCCUGUACAGCAGUAACAACAGAUUUGAUGGGGCUAAUGAAAGUCCGUAAGAGUGAGGUGGGGAAGAGGAGUUUGAUGCUAAGGCAGAAAACGCAAGACUUUGUAUGGUGCUCGACAGAGAGUAUGCCCAGUCGACAUUUGGGACUACAAUCUCGAAAUCCACUGUUCGUAGCUACCACUCAAGCUGUUUAUCAGAACAGCAAAGCAUUACAGCAAAAACAGCAGAGUGUGCUGCAGUUUGCGGCAAAGCAGGCCGAAGUGGAAAUGGAGGAGACUAUCGCUGUACAAAGGCAAGAACGUAAAAGACUGGAAAAUCAGAGAGAUCUUCAAGUAAAAGCCGCAAAGCUUAAGGCUUACUUGAAGCUGACUCAGGUGAGGCCUUGGAGGAAAGGAGAACAGCAAGCAGUCAGCCGGCGAUUUGUCCUCCAAUACCUUAUAAAUAAAUUAAAGGGGAACAAACAUGUAAGAACAAUGAACAAGCAAUACUAACAACGAAGCAUCGUAUUAGUACAAGCCCUACAUGACACAAUGGUUCUCACCAGACUUCUUACACCCGAGCCCUCAGGGGACCCACUUAGGUUCUUAGAGUGGAGCAUAAGUUGUAAGGCAUUGAUAGAACGGCGAUGCACAAAUCCAGCUGACAGGUUGUUCUACCUACAAAAAUACAUCAGUGAUGAGACACGAUCUGUAUUGGAAGGAAUCUUCUACAGAAAGGGUGAAGAAGCCUACGACCAGGCAUGGGAGACUUUGAAUGCUGGGUAUGGCCACCCCUUUGUAAUCCAGUGUGCAUUUAGAGAAAGAAUGAAUAACUGGCCAAAGAUUGGCUCAAGGGAGUCAGUUAAACUGAGACAAUUCAGUGAUUUUCUGACAGCCUGCAGCAAUGCUAUGCCAUAUAUCAAAGGGCUUCAGGUGUUAAAUGACUGUGAAGAGAAUCAAAAGGUACUCCAAAAUCCCCCUGAUUGGGUGACCUCUCACUGGAAUUGUCAUGUCACAAAGCAGUUGUGACAAACGGAGGAAUUCCCUGAUUUCAAGGAGCUUGUUGAUUUUGUGGUACAUGAAGCAGAAAUCACAUGCAAUCCUGUAACAUCCUUUCAUGCCUUGAAGCCUACUAAAGAAAAUUUAUCUAGAGACAUGAAGCACACUAAGGCUAACGCAUUCAUUACAAAUGUGAAAGCAUCGGAUAAAUCAAGUACAGUGAUGGAAACAUACAGUGCCAUGGAGAACAGCUCAAAGGAUUUAAACGGAUCCAAGAAGGUAAACACUUCAUUUUCAUCUUCAAACCCAGUCACAUGCAUGUGCUGUGGGGAAAGCCACUCCAUCUCAAAUGCCAGAAGCUCGACAAGAGAAGGUUCAUAUUGGACAAUAACCUGUGUUUUGGCUCCCUUAGGAGAGGACACAAUUCGAAAGAUUGUAAGAGCAAAGCUACUUGUGGCAUAUGUAAGAAGCAUCAUCCAACACUACUUCAUGAAGACCGUCCUUCUGCUGCAAAGGACACAUACUCUCAUGUUAUGCAAGCAGUAGAAAACACAUUUUCCCUUUCUUGCUGCGUUAACAAAGGUGAUGGUGGGAGCACAUCCAUGAUAGUGCCUGUAUGGAUUUCCUCAAGCACCACCCCUAAAACAGAGACCUUAGUGUAUGCCCUACUGGAUGCACAGAGUAGCAACACCUUUGUAGAUCAAGAGGUAUGUGAGAAGAUGGGAGCAGGAUUAGAGCCAGUCAAGUUAAAUCUUACCACUAUGAUGGGAAAAGAGUCUAUUGUUCAGAGUGUGAGAGUUCGUGGGCUUAGAGUUAAAGGGCUUUCCUCACAGAGUUUCAUCAACUUUUACCUGCCUAUACCAGAGAUUUCAUCCCACUCAAAUGUUCCCACAUUCCUACCCCUGAAACGGCCAAAAGGUGGAGACAUCUGAAUAGAAUAGCACAGGAAAUACCAGAACUGAUGGUUUGUGAGGUCGGACUCCUGAUAGUGUUGGCACCACGACGAGUCAUCACAGGAGGUGACGAUGAGCCGUAUGCCAUCAAGACUGACCUGGGCUGGAGCAUUGUCGGCAGCUCACUACAGGUCAACAGAAGUGACAGGUCUGUGCCAUCGUGUAUCUAUCAAGGAACUUCCACCGUUGACACCAGUCUUUAGAGCCCUUGAAUCAGACUUCAGAGAUACAAACCCUGGAGAAAAGAACAUAUCACAAGAUGACAUAUAGUUCAUGCAAUUACUGAAUGAAAGAAUACACCAGAAUGCAGAUAGGCACCUGGAAGUGCCCCUCCCCUUUAAGAUAUGCCCUGAACUGCCAGAAAAUAAGCGGCUAGCUCUGGUGCGGCUGAAGCACCUGAAAGGGAAACUGGAGAAAACUCCCAAAUUCAAGGAUGACUACGUUAAAAUUAUGGAAGGUGUAUUCGAGGAUGGUGUUGUGGAGGGAGCUAAAGAUCAACCCAAAGCAGGAAAUGUGCGUUUAUAUUCCUCACAAGGAGUCUAUCGUCCUAGAAAACCAGGAAAAAUUAGGGUUGUGUUUGACUGUUCUGCUAAGUAUGAUGACACAGCUCUGAAUGAUCACUUACUAGCUGACCUGAUCUCACAAAUGGGCUGACGGGAGCGCUCUGCAGAUUCCGUAAAUACCCAGUUACAGGGAUCUGGGAUGUAGAAGAAAUGUUCCGCAGGUUCUAUGUAAGCCAAUAGGAUAGAGAUUACUUAUGGUUCCUGUGGUGGGAAAAUGACAAUACAAAUCUAGAGCCAAAAAAAUAUCGCAUGAAGGUCCAUCUUUUUGGAGCAGCAUCCUCUCCUGGCUGUGCAAAUUAUGGAAUGAAGUAUCUUGUGAGCCAAAAUGAAAAAGCGUAUCCAGUAGUAGACAACUUAAUCAGAACAAAUUUCUAUGUCGAUGAUGGCCUCAUCUGUGUAGAAUCUGUGGACACAGCCAUCAAACUAGUGAAAGAAGCACAAAAUGUGUAUGCAAAAGGGAGAUUACAUCUCCACAAGUUCAUCAACAACAGAGAAGUCUUGGAGUCAAUUCUGGACAGUGAAUGAGCUAAUGGAAUUCAGGAUGUGGAUUUCAAUUAUGAUGAACUCCCAGUCCAGACUGUGUUGGGAGUAAAGUGGAGUGUGAUCAGUGACAACUUCUCUUUUAAAAUCACCCUAGAUGAGAAACCAGCAACACAGCAAGGAAUUCUUUUGACUGUAGCCUUUGUGUUUGACCCACUAGGCUUCCUAGCUCCCUUCCUCCUACUAGGAAAGAAAGUACUACAGGAAAUGUGCCAAAAGCACAUUGGAUGGGUCGAACCAUUGCCUGGAGAAUUAAAGCCACGAUGGGAGUGCUGGAUGAACAAUCUAUAGAAUCUGUAAAAACUCCAGAUUCCAAGAUGCUUUGCUCCUGAAAACCUAGGGAAGGUCCAGAGAAUUGAACUGCAUCACUUUUCGGAUGUGAGUAGCCAUGGGUACAGUCAGUGCUCAUAUAUCCGAGUACUGAGUGAAGACAAAGUGCAUUGCUUCUUAGUCAUAGGUAAGGCAUGGGUUGCACCCACAAGAGUUGUAAGCAUAGCAAGGCUGGAGUUAAUGGCUGCAGUGGUCAGCAGUAUGCUAAAGGAGGAGCUGGAGUUCAAAAUUGAUCAAGAGUAUUUUUGGACAGAUUUCCAUGCAUUAAUGGGCUACAUUAAUAAUGAAGCCUUAAGGUUUCACGUUUUCGUUGCAAAUCGAGUCCAAAGAAUCAGAGAAGUUAACUGAUCCAGCACAGUGGUACUACAUUGAUACUGAUCAAAAUCUGGAAGAUCACGCUUCUAGAGAUCUCAAGGUGGCAGAGCUGAUUGGUACAAAUUGGUUUACUGGACCCAAGUUUCUGUGGGAAAGAGAGACUGUCGCAUCAAAGUUAACUCCAGAGCUUCUGAUGAGCGAUCUUAAUGACAAAAUGACACAAGUACUACAAAGGUGGUAAAGAGGACAAUUUCUUGGAGAAACUUAAAACGGUUCUCAAAAUGGCAUACGGCAUUGAAAGUGGUUGCCCGGAUCCAGCAACUAGCAGAGAGACAAAACAGCAAAACCCAUAAAUGUCGAAGACAGAAGAAAGGCCAGUCUUCUGUGUGUAAAAUUGGCACAAAGGGAUGUUUUCAAAGAGGAAAUGCGAAUACUGAGACAUGGAAACUGCCACACAGCCAUCCAUUGUUCCAACUUGACCAGUAUUGCAAGAUGUUCUCGGUGGGAGGGCGAUUAAAGGCUUCCUUACGUCUCAACUUGAAGUGUACUGUAAUCCUACCAAGAGAUGAUGUCAACCAUUCUUGAACGUUCUAUUCAUAAAUUAGUUGUACUUGUAGAAAACAGCUAAAAUGUGUUCCAAUGGAACUGAUUUCCAAACACCUACCUGUGUGGAGAGUUUAAAGUAUCAGUCUUGAUCUCAGAGUUUGUUACAAAUACCAAUUAUUUAAUUCUGAAAUUACUAGAUAUAUUCAAAUAUUUGUACAAAGGUUAUCAUAAAAAAUAGUAAUUUGGUGGGAGUGUAACUGUCUGAGAUGUUUCAUUGAGAUUUUUUUAUGUUUUUGUCAUAAAUUCAUUAUUUUUUAAAUUUUAAAAUGUUGGAUUAAAAAUUUUGUGCUUUUUAUAACACUUAAUUAGAGUGUAACAGGUCACAUGACCAGAGUUUAAUAAGAGCAUGACUGUGGCAUUAUGGGUCAGAACCAACAUGGAAGCAGAGAAAGACAUAUGGCCCUAAAAUAACCUUAUUCUGCAUGUGGUCCAAGAGGCCCACGUGAUAAUUGUUUUUGUUUUAUAUUGUGUAUAAUGUUGUUGAAGUGUGAUAUGGUUUUAGUGAUUUUAUUUGACUUCAGCACAUUUCUGUUCUGCUGAUGUGUUUUGGGCCUGUUUAUUGGUAGACACUAGCUUCAGAAACUUUAAAAGACUGAGAGAUGUACAUUUUAAACCUUUUGUCUUAUUUUCUUGUAGUUUUCACAGUGUCUGCUGAAGAGAGAGAGAGAGAGAGAGAUAAAAUCUUCAAGGACAUCUGUAUGAUGUGUCGCCAUUAUUUCAUUGGACCAGUGUAGUUAUACUACUCCAUCAAUUUUUCUCCAGUCCUGCCGAAAGGUCUCAGCCUGAAAUUUUGACUGUACUUCUUUCCAUAGAUGCUGACUGGCCUGCUGCGUUCCUUCUUUUAAAAUUUAUCCAUUUACAGGAUGUGGGCGUCACCAGCUAAGCCGGCAUUUAUUGCCCUUGAGAAGGUGGUGACCUUCUGGAAUCGCUGCAAUCCCUGAGGUGUAGGUACACCCAGUGUUGUUAGGGAAGGAAUUCCAUAAUUUUGACCCAGUGACAAUGAAGGAACGGCGAUAUGUUUCCAAGUCAGGAUGGUGAGUGACUUGUAGGCGGAUUUGCAACUGGUGGUGUCCCACGUAUCUGCAGUUCUCAUCUUUCUAGAUGGUAGUGGUCGUGAGUCUUGAAGGUGCUGCCUUAGGAACUUUGGUGUGUUGUUGCAGUGCAUUUUAUAGAUAGUACACACUGCUGCAACUGUUUGUCAAUAGUGGGGGGGAUUGGAUGCUUGUGAAAGGGGUACCAAUCAAGUGGGCUGUCUGGUAUUGGAUGGUCUCAAGCUUCUUGAGUGUUGAUGGAGCUGCACACAUCCAGGCAAGUGGCAAGUAUUCCAUUAUACUCCUGACCUGAGCCUUUCAGAUGGUGGGGGGAGUCAGGAGGUGAGUUACAUGCCACAAGAUUCCAAGCCUUUGACCUGCUCUGGUAGCCACUGUGUUUAUAUGGUUAGACCAUUACAUUUUCCUGUCCAUGAUAAACUCUAGGAAUUUAAUAGUAGGGGAUUCAGUGAUGGUGAUGCCACUGAAUAUCAAGGAAUGAUGGUUAGAGCUCUCUUGGUGGAGAUGGUCAUUGCCUGGCACUUAAGUGGCUCAAAUGUUACUUGACAUUUUUCAGCCCAGGCCUGGAUAUUGUCCAGUUCCUCCAGCAUUUUGUGUGUAUUGCUUGGAUUUCCAGCAUCUGCAAGUUUUCUCGUUUGUAAAUUGCUAUAUAAUAUAGCUUUGCAAUAACAAUAGGUCUAUUAAUCACAAACUAUGAAAAUUUAGUGAAAAACAGGUAUGUUUCCUUGACAGGGAUGGGCUCCGCCAGGUUUCCGAUGCCCAAGACACGUCAUAUGAUGAGCGAUCAUCAAAAAGAUCGGUGCAAAAAGCUUGUCAUGACAGCACCCCGACGACUCCACCAGGAGUUAAGGGCACGCACACACACACAAACAGGAACGCAAGGGAACAGCUAAAGUUGAUUACCUGAAAAGAAUUGAAAAGGACAUUCAGAAAAAAUGGGAUGAAAAUAAACUGUUUGAGAUUGAUGCAGUUGAGCCGGGGAGUCCAGAGAGUAGCAAGCCAAAGUAUUUUGUCACCUUUCCCUAUCCGUACAUGAAUGGACGUCUUCAUCUUGGGCACACUUUUUCUUUGUCUAAAUGUGAGUUUUCUGUAGGAUUUCAACGUUUAAAGGGGAAAAGAUGUUUGUUUCCUUUUGGACUACAUUGCACUGGUAUGCCCAUUAAGGCUUGUGCUGACAAACUGAAGCGAGAGCUGGAAUUAUAUGGUUAUCCACCUCAGUUCCCAGAAGAGGAAGAGGAGGAAGAGAAACCUUCAAAAACUCAAGAAGGAAUCAUUAUAGACAAGGCAAAAGGGAAGAAGAGUAAAGCAGCUGCUAAAGCAGGCCAAGCCAAGUUCCAGUGGAAUAUCAUGAAAUCACUGGGCCUGACUAAUGAAGAAAUUGUGAAAUUUGCAGAAGCUGAACACUGGCUUGGUUACUUUCCAGUUUUGGCUGUCCAGGAUCUUAAAAGAAUGGGAUUGAAGGUUGAUUGGCGGCGCUCCUUCAUCACUACAGAUGCAAACCCUUUUUAUGAUUCAUUUGUCAAGUGGCAAUUUGUGACUUUAAAAGAAAAGAAGAAGGUCAAGUUUGGAAAAAGAUACACUAUUUAUUCUCCAAAGGAUGGGCAACCGUGCAUGGAUCAUGAUCGACAGACUGGAGAGGGUGUGGGACCUCAGGAAUAUACUUUAAUUAAAAUGAAGAUCCUUGAGCCUUAUCCUGCAAAACUAAGUGGCCUUAAAGGUCAAAACGUCUUUCUGGUGGCCGCUACUUUAAGACCAGAGACCAUGUUUGGACAAACCAAUUGCUGGGUUCGCCCUGACAUGAGGUAUAUUGCUUUUGAAAUAAUGAAUGGAGACGUAUUUAUCUGUACACAGCGGGCAGCGAGGAAUAUGUCUUUCCAGGGGUUUACCAAAGAGAAUGGAAAAGUGCCUUUGGUGAUGGAGCUAACUGGAGAGGACAUCCUCGGUGUGUCACUGAGUGCUCCUUUGACAUCCUACAAUGUUAUCUAUGCUCUUCCUAUGCUCACCAUCAAAGAAGAAAAAGGCACUGGCAUUGUUACCAGUGUUCCAUCUGAUGCUCCAGAUGACAUUGCAGCUCUCCGAGACCUCAAGAAUAAGAAGGCACUGAGGGAGAAGUAUAGAAUUUCUGAUGAAAAGGUCCUACCCUUUGAACCAGUUCCUAUUAUUGAAAUCCCAGGCUAUGGAAACCUCUCAGCGCCAACUGUGUGUGAUCAAUUGAAGAUUCAAAGUCAAAAUGAUAGGGAAAAGCUUGCAGAGGCCAAAGAGAAAGUUUACCUGAAAGGUUUUUAUGAAGGGGUAAUGCUUGUGGAUGGGUUCAAAGGACAGAAGGUGCAUGAAGUCAAGAAGCUAAUUCAACAAAAAAUGAUAGACAAUAAAGAAGCUAUGAUCUACAUGGAACCUGAGAAGCAAGUUAUAUCAAGGUCUGCUGAUGAGUGUGUUGUAGCUUUGUGUGAUCAAUGGUAUCUGGACUAUGGUGAAGAAAACUGGAAGAAACAAGCUAUGGAUUGCCUGUCAAAGCUGGAAACAUUCUGUGAUGAAACCAGGAGGAACUUUGAAGCUAGUCUUAACUGGCUGCAAGAUCAUGCCUGCUCAAGAACUUAUGGCCUGGGCUCCCGUUUGCCAUGGGAUGAUCAGUGGCUGAUAGAAUCUCUCUCUGAUUCCACAAUUUAUAUGGCUUACUACACAAUAGCUCACCUAUUACAAGGUGGAACACUGAAUGGUCAAACAUCUGGUCCACUGGGCAUAAGAUCAGAACAGAUGACUAGAGAAGUUUGGGAUUAUAUCUUUUUGAAGGAUGCUCCUCGCCCAAAAACUCAAAUUCCACAAAAGAGUUUAGAUCAACUGAAAAUGGAAUUUGAAUAUUGGUAUGGAGUGGAUUUGCGAGUUUCUGGGAAAGACUUGGUUCCAAAUCAUCUUUCAUACUAUCUGUAUAAUCAUGUAGCCAUGUGGACAGAUGACAGUACAAAGUGGCCUCAAGCUGUAAGAGCGAAUGGACACUUGCUACUAAAUUCAGAUAAGAUGUCUAAAUCAACGGGGAACUUCCUUACUCUGUAUGAAGCUAUAGACAAAUUCUCUGCGGAUGGGAUGCGGUUUGCUCUUGCUGACUCUGGCGACACGGUGGAAGAUGCUAACUUUGUAGAAACAAUGGCUGAUGCAGGUAUUCUGCGACUGUACACCUGGGUGGAAUGGGUGAAGGAGAUGAUUGCAAACCAUGCGAGCCUCCGCAGUGGAUCAGCUAACACCUUUAAUGAUAGAGUCUUCAUCAGUGAGAUGAAUGCUGGAAUUCUGAAGACAGAGCAGCAUUACGAGAAGAUGAUGUUCAAGGAUGCUUUAAAAACAGGCUUUUUUGAAUUCCAGGCAGCAAAGGACAAAUACCGUGAAGUUGCUGUGGAAGGAAUGCAUCGGGACCUGAUUUUCCAGUUCAUUGAAAUUCAGACUCUUCUACUCACUCCUAUAUGUCCUCACCUUUGUGAGCAUAUCUGGAAUCUUCUAGGAAAGACUGAGCCAUUAAUGAAUGCAAGAUGGCCAGUAGCUGGACCUGUGGAUGAAAUUCUCAUUCGUUCAUCUCAGUAUCUGAUGGAAACUGCACAUGACAUUCGUCUCCGCGCCAAGAAUUAUAUGGCUGUUGGAAAAGGAAAAAAAGGAGAAGCAAAACAAACACAGAAACCAUCUCACUGCAAUAUCUAUGUGGCAAAAAAUUACCCUUCAUGGCAACAUACUACCCUUCUACUGCUGCGCAAACAUUAUGAGACAAAUGGUGGUCAGCUGCCAGACAAUAAAAUCAUCGCUAGUGAACUGAAAGACCUGCCCGAGCUGAAGAAAUAUAUGAAGAAAGUUAUGCCUUUUGUGGCAAUGAUUAAGGAAAACCUGGAAAAAAUUGGGCCUCGAGUUCUUGAUUUGGAGCUAGAAUUUGAUGAGCGAAGUGUCUUGAUGGAGAACAUCGUCUACUUAACAAAUUCGUUGGAGCUGGACCAUAUUGACGUGUUCUUUGCCACAGAGGCAGAUGAUAAAAUCCGAGAAGAGUGUUGUCCAGGAAAGCCUUUCUGUGCAUUUCGAACAGAGCCUGGUGUUUCCCUAUCCUUGGUAAAUCCCCAGCCAGCAAAUGGACACUUCUCAACAAGGAUUGAGAUUCGGCAGGGUGAUAAAAAGGACACUAUCAUCCGAAGGCUAAUGAAGAUCGACAGGGGUAUUAAAGAUCUUGCAAGAGUGAAGCUUAUGAGGUAUGAAGAUCCACUUCUGGGUCCCCGACGGGUCCCAGUCUUCGGAAAGGAAUCUGAGGGCAAAGUACCCAUUUCUGAGAAAGCAUCCUUUCAUAUAGACCUGACUUCAAAGAAAAUCCACCUAACUGACAAUGGUUUGAAACUUGAUGUGGGUGAUUCUUUGAUCUAUCUGGUACAUUGAUGUACAUUGACUCAAUAAAGCUCUUUGGUUUCACCUUGGUUGUCAGCUGUAAGACUUCCUUGUUGGUGUUGGCCUUUCUAUAUGAUUGCAUUUUAGUUAUCAAUUUGUAAAUGAAUAGAAUAAAACAUUUAAUACUC